GAGCUGCUGAUCCGUUCACACUCGCUAUUCUCAAUUUCACUCGCCCAUCAGAUCAUAUCUCUGCGGGAAAAAGAUGGAGUUCGAGAAGAUCAAGGUGGCCAACCCCGUUGUUGAAAUGGAUGGAGACGAAAUGACUCGAGUUAUCUGGAAAUUCAUCAAAGACAAGCUUAUUUUCCCUUUCCUGGAGCUGGAUAUCAAAUACUUUGAUCUUGGACUGCCUAACCGUGAUUCCACUGAUGAUAAGGUUACUGUCGAGAGUGCUGAAGCUACUUUAAAGUAUAACGUGGCUAUUAAGUGUGCCACGAUUACUCCUGAUGAAGCUCGUGUUAGAGAGUUCGGGUUAAAGAAAAUGUGGAGGAGUCCCAACGGAACUAUAAGGAACAUUUUAAACGGCACGGUUUUCAGGGAGCCUAUCAUUUGCAGAAACAUCCCUCGUAUUGUUUCAGGAUGGACGAAGCCAAUCUGUAUUGGAAGACAUGCGUUUGGUGAUCAGUAUAGAGCCACUGAUAUCAUUGUCAAUGAGCCAGGAAAACUAAAACUGGUUUUCGAGCCAAGUGGAUCUUCUCAGAAAACAGAAUUCGAAGUCUUCAGUUUCACUGGUGGAGGUGUUGCUUUAGCCAUGUAUAACACUGAUGAGUCUAUUCGUGCAUUUGCUGAGUCCUCGAUGUACACAGCUUAUCAGAAAAAGUGGCCACUUUACCUCUCUACAAAAAACACCAUCCUCAAAACAUACGAUGGAAGAUUCAAGGAUAUAUUCCAAGAAGUUUAUGAAACUAAUUGGAGAUCCAAGUAUGAAGCUGCAGGGAUAAGGUAUGAGCAUCGUUUGAUAGAUGAUAUGGUUGCGUAUGCCAUGAAGAGUGACGGAGGUUACGUCUAGGCAU